AUGGGUUGCUUGAGGUUUACAACAAUUGUUGUUGCAUUCCUUCUUCUCUCCCUCCUCCACUCUCCCACAGGGGUGGAAGGUGGCGAGUGCGUUUCGUACGCAGGGCCUUGUGAUAUGUUUUGCAAGGAAAAUUGCUCAAAAGGUUACGGUGACAAAUUUCUGAAGAUCGAAUGCAAGAUGUCAUCAUUCGGACCUGUGUGUUACUGUCGCUAUAACUGUGACGAAGCUUCAGAGGAAACCAUGUGA